AGUUGGGGAAAAGUCGUCUGUCUCCAUCUCUCUAUUAAUAUAUAAUUAAUAGAAGAAAUGGACUUGGCCUUGGUGUUGUUGUUUAAUUAGGUUUUCUUGCAUAUAUCUUUUAUGUGCUGCAGAGAACAAAAUUAUAAGUUGUAUCCCCUGUACGUUUGCUUUUUGCAAAUUAAUACAAGUUCUUAAUUAGAUGGGAGAUAAGUGGUAUUCAAGGAUUGGAGACAACUAUAAUUCAUUACAGGAGGUUACGGACGCUCUGAAACGUGCUGGUCUCGAAUCUUCCAACCUAAUUGUGGGGAUUGAUUUCACUUAUAGCAAUACAUGGACAGGCAAGAGGUCGUAUGGUGGUCGAAGCUUACAUCACACUGGAGACGGUCCAAAUCCGUACGAACAAGCAAUAUCUAUUGUUGGGAAAACUUUGUCUGCUUUUGAUGAAGACAACUUGAUCCCCUGUUUCGGAUUUGGAGAUGUCACAACGUGCGACCGGGAUGUAUUUAGUUUCUCUCCUGAUAACAAAUAUUGUGAAGGAUUUGAGCAAGUUUUGAGCCAAUAUAGAAACAUUGUUCCAAAACUGAGACUAUAUGGUGAGACGUCUUUUGCACCGAUAAUUGAAAUGGCAAUGACUAUAGUUGAGAAGAGUGGUGGACAGUAUCAUGUUCUACUCAUUAUUGCAGAUGGGCAGGUUUCAAGAAGUGCUGAUACUGCAGUGGGCAAGUUAAGUCUGCAGGAGGAGAAGACUGUUCAAGCAAUUGUUGAAGCUAGCAAGUUUCCGUUAUCGAUUAUCUUGGUUGGUGUUGGAGAUGGGCCGUGGGACAAGAUGAGGGAAUUCGACGACAAUAUCCCUGCUCGCGACUUUGACAAUUUCCAGUUUGUCAAUUUUACUGAGAUUAUGUCCAAAGAUGUGGAUAAUUCUCGAAAAGAGGCAGAAUUUGCUCUUGCAGCAUUGAUGGAAAUCCCCAUCCAAUUUAAAGCAACAAUGGAGCUUAAUUUGUUAGGUGAAAGGAGAGGAAAACAUCCCGAGCGGGUAGCUCUUCCUCCUCCCGUCUAAGACAUGCAGCAAGUGUGGCCAAGAUCUUGAGCUAUGUUCACCACCAAUUUGUCGCGGUAAAAUCGAAACCAGAAUCAACCUCCAUUAAGUUACGUUGCUCCGAUCCUCGUCGUCAGCUUCCUUUAUCAACUUCAGCAUGCAUCAUUCUGUUUUUAUUUUUUAAAUAAAUAUAAUAUAACAUAAUAUAAUAAUGUUGAUUCUUCAUGUGCAAAGGUGAUAUAAUUGGUUGUUGUGUGGAGUAUCUUAUUAAUUGUUUUGUUUUUCACCGA